AUGGCUGGUUAUGCUGGUAGUGCUGGUUGUGCUGGUAGUGCUGGUAGUGCUGGUAGUGCUGGUUAUGCUGUUGGUGCUGGUAGUGCUGGUAGUGCUGGUAGUGCUGGUUAUGCUGGUAGUGCUGGUAGUGCUGGUAGUGCUGGUAGUGCUGGUAGUGCUGGUAGUGCUGGUAGUGCUGGUAGUGCUGGUAGUGCUGGUAGUGCUGGUAGUGCUGUGCUGGUAGUGCUGGUAGUGCUGGUAGUGCUGGUUAUGCUGGUUAUGCUGAUAGUGCUGGUAGUGCUGGUAGUGCUGGUAGUGCUGGUAGUGCUGGUAGUGCUGGUUAUUGCUGGUCGUGCUGGUAGUGCUGGUAGUGCUGGUAGUGCUGGUUAUGCUGGUUAUGCUGAUAGUGCUGGUAGUGCUGGUAGUGCUGGUAGUGCUGGUAGUGCUGGUAGUGCUGGUAGUGCUGGUAGUGCUGGUCGUGCUGGUAGUGCUGGUAGUGCUGGUAGUGCUGGUUAUGCUGGUUAUGCUGAUAGUGCUGGUAGUGCUGGUAGUGCUGGUAGUGCUGGUAGUGCUGGUUAUGCUGGUAGUGCUGGUAGUGCUGGUCGUCUUGUGCAGUCGGUGUUUGGUCAUCGUGACCUGGUGACCUGUGUAGCCUACUCAGCAGACACUGUGGCUGGUAACCGUGCUAUUGUGGUGUCUGGAUCCCGUGAUGCCACCGUAUUGCUAUGGCAUUGGUCUAACACGCUACACAGGAUUAUAUCUUCUGAUCAUGACCAGGGAGCGGACAGUGCCAGUGCGCAGGCUAUCCUGACUGGUCAUGAGCUAGCUAUCGUCAGUGUGGCGGUCAAUGCUGAUGUUGGUAAAGUCGUCUCAUGCUCACAAGGUGGCCGUUGUCUAGUGCACACCUGCCAUGGAGAAGUGUUACAUUCAGUGCAACCUAAAGCUACUCGUGGAUUACCUACGUGUGUUCGUCCUCAUCAUGUGAAGAUCACAGCAUGUGGUCACGUUGUACUACUCUAUGCUGAUGGCAGUGGUGUGUUGGCUGUUUUCUCCAAUACUGGAGAACAGCUGGCAUGCAAAAUGCUAGUUGACCAGGCCUUGGCUGUGGCAGUGAGCCAGGACGGCCGCCAUCUGGUGCUAGGUGGCAUUGCACGCACAGUGGAGGUGCGACGCUGCUCUGACCUUGCGUCCAUACUCGUCUAUCCCGGUGCAGAGAGUAGUGUGCGAGCACUGACAACUACAGCAGAUGAACGGUUUGUUCUGGCUGGUUUGUCAUCAGGCAGCAUCGUUGCCUAUCCACUGGAGUUUCCACGCAACUGAGUGCCACCUUUCUAGGACAUUCUCUUUGCACUUGUUUAUUACUUACAGAUUACUUUGGAGAUUGAGUACAGAUUACUUUUCGAGUAUAUAGCAUUUUACUCUCUUGGCAUUUAGUAUGGCAAAUUUUAUCAUCCAUUGCUUUUAUUUGUACAGUAUUCUAGCAGAAUUUGGCAUUUAGUAAAUUAUUUCAGAAGACUAUCCGUACCGAGUUGUGGCGUUUUGUUCAAAUUUCUGUUGUUCGUCAUUUGCUGUGCCCAGUCUGAUGUAUGGUUUAAAUCAUGCUGCUUGCAGCACAUGCACUGCACUCCUUGAUAGUAUCCCUGUUAGCAUGUGGCAUUUAGCAGUGCGUUUCGGCACUAUAUUUUAUAUUUUUAUGUCCUUUUGUUUUCACCGCUUUCAUCCUCUUGUUUUCAUCGUUUUCGUCCUUUUGACAGUUUUGUUUAUUUGUAGACACUGUCGUUACCACUCAGCAUGUCGAAGGGUUGUAAGAAAGUCACCGGUUGCAGUGCUACUCUGCUGUGAGAGGUCUUUUAUUG